AUGCUCUCAGUUUUGCCCGCAAAGCCUUUGGCAAUGCCUGUGCUACCCGGAUUUCAAUGGAUGCUGGUGCUGCUGUGUUCAAUCGGCGUGUUGGCCGAAUACUGCGACAAUGGAACGGGCGAGUGCAAGGAGCUAACUGGGACGGACUGUCCUGUGAUAUUCUACAACCAGCAUUUGAUUGGAGACAACGUGAAAUUCUGUGAUGAAUUCAACGACAUUGUCUGCUGUCCCUUGCCGUUGGAUCACCAGAACCUGAAGCCCGUGGAGGAGGCGAGGCCGUUUGAGAAGCAAUGCAAGCAGUAUAAUGAGGCGAGAGAAGCCUGUCGCUCCACGCCAUUCAUUGUGGGCGGCACAAAGGCCUCUGGGCGGGAGUUCCCCUUUAUGGCGCUAAUUGGAACCAAGCGAGUAAACAAGUCCAAUGUGAGUUGGGACUGUGGUGGCUCUCUAGUGCAUCCCAAAUUUGUUUUGACUGCGGCUCAUUGCCUGGAGACGGACGAAGAAAAGGCCCAGCGGUUGGAUCCCAACUUCGACUCACCAAAGUUUGUAGUUCGCCUGGGUGAGUUGGACUACGACGUAACCACCGAUGAUGCAAAGGUGCAGGACUUUCGGGUAGUGAACUAUGUGGUGCAUCCGGGUUAUGAUGACGAUAGCGAAGAGCGCGGCUCCAAAAAUGACAUUGCAGUGGUCGAACUCGAUCGGGAGGCUGUGUUCACGGAUUAUGUGGCGGCGGUUUGCCUGCCGCCAAGCAGCGGAAAUGAAAACCAGCAGGUGACAGCCGCUGGCUGGGGAUUCACCGAGGACGGUGUGAAGUCCACUCACCUGUUGAAGGUCACUCUGCAGCGAUUCAGCGACGAUGAGUGUCAGAAACGACUGCGUUUCGGCAUCGAGACUCGCACCCAGUUCUGCGCCGGAUCAAUGACUAGCGAAAAGGAUACUUGUAAUGGCGACUCCGGAGGACCCAUCUUCGUUCAACAUCCGCUUUAUCCUUGCCUCAAACAAUUGUUGGGCAUUGUGUCAUACGGCUUGGUGUGCGGAAGUCAAGGAGUGCCCAGUGUCUACACCAAGGUCCAUCUGUUUACUGACUGGAUUGAGAGCAUUGUUUGGGGAAAUUAACAAUCUGGUUGGUCUACAAAAAACGUAUAUAUAAGAUGUAGUUUUAGGAUAUUGAUAAAAUUAAAGUAAACCUAAAGGAAA